GGCCACCAUGGGGAUCGAGCAGCGUAACGUCGAUCGAGACCCUCCCACCGGAGCAAGCUGCGAGCUUGUUGCGGUGCAGCUCGAGGCCUCGACCCUCGUUGGGACCUCGUGCUAUUGGUACGCCAUGGACAGGGUCGACGGCGCCACUGUAGCAGUAGCCGCCCCCACCGCUAUAGACAACUGCACAGCCUGGGCAUGCCACCUUGCACUCCGCCUCCAUCCCGCCGCCGUCAUGUUCGUCUCGACGCCCGUUGUUGUCACCGGCGACGGGGCUACGAGGGCCGGCCAGGGAGCAGACAGGGGGCUCACUGAUGCUCUCCGGCAAAGAGCAGGUGAUGUAGCUUUUCUUCCCAAAGCCGCUGUAUGCGCCAUCCUGCUUCAGCUCGAGCAUCGGUGCCUCCUCCGGCCACCUGGGCGACGAGUACCAACGGAACACGCCAUCCCGCAGGAUCUCGGCCAAGCGAAGAAGCUCGGCCAGCUAUCGCGGUCAUGCUUGGACGAGAUGUCCACAUUGGCGCCAAGCUGACACCGACAUGUGGGCCAUCUGGUCAGUUUUUUCCAUCAAAACACACUCAACUCGCAGAUUAGUGCGCGGGAGUAUCGUGGAGCACAAAAGCGAUAAUCAUUUGUAAAAAAAAUUUAAAAAAUGUAGUUGGUCCUAAAUGUGAUGGUUUGCGUAAUUUUCUCAUCUUAUACUAGUCGCUGGCCGCGUGGCCCACGGUCGACAUGUCACACCAGAACAUGAAUACAUAAUCCGACUCUGUCUCUGUUUCCCCUAAAAAAGACUCU